CGUAAUUGAAGUCUUCGCAUAGCAUUGCAUCAUUUGCGAUGUGUAUAAGGCGAUGAUCGUAAACAAACCCCGCAUGAACCCCACAAAAAAAGUUAUCCGAAGGAAGGCGUCAAAUAAAAUAAAGUAUUUAAGAAUUGAAUAGCAACUACUUCUGCUCCUUCAGAUCAUAUCUCCAUCUUGUUCUCAUUAUACUCACAAACAAUGCAUCGAUCAUCCUUCCAAGCUUUGACAAACACAUCCUUUUGGGUUAUUGUGUGUUCACUGAUCGUGAUGACAGUGAAUGCGUUACCUGCUGUUUACUCUUCACAUCUUACCCUGCCCGACCAUGCUCAGAAGCUGAUUAUGGCCGAUGACAAGACGAUUGAAAGAAAAGGUCCUCUUGGUCAAGGUAUUCAAUCGACUUCUCAUUCUCGCUCGCAUAUCUUACCGAUGAUGAUGGUGAACAAACGAUCCAUCAAUACGGAAGCAUCCAUUGCAGCUUCAAGUGCUGCAUCAAGCGCAUCAAGAGAAGUUUAUCAAAUGGCAACCAGUCAUGCAGCUGAAAUGCAAGCACAAAAGUUAUACAAUGUAAAACAAGUAAGCGGUUUAGCAACAGUUGCAGGCUUAACAGGUAUUGGCAUAGGUUCAAGUGCACAUGCUGGAAUGAAUAAAGUUCCAAAGCAUGUUGCUGUACAUCGAUAUCCUUCUCGUCGUACAAAGCAUUGAAGAUGCCAUGGCGGUCUAGGUCAGUUGGAAAACCAAGUAAAUACAUCAUCAGGGUGAAAGUAUCGAUCAAUACUCCUGAAUCAAGAUCAUCAAAGCCCGAUUACAUAGCCGUAAGCAUAACCAAUCGAUAACAUCCUAAAAGACCUCAAUCAGCCAAAGCAGUAUACAGUAACAUGGAUCAAGACUCACUAAAACAAGUCCAAAGACAAUUUCUGUCUCCGUAUCGAGUCGAAACAGAAAUGACUCACCUCAAUAAGGCAAUCGACUAUCUCAAGAGAGAAAGAGCGUCAGCAUGGAUUUGACAGAGAUUUGUGUCUAAAUAUGAUGCAAUUAUGUUUAUAACAUCUUGCUGUGUCUUUCAUCUCUAUAGAUAAAAAGUGUAUAUAGUACAAUGUACCUUAUUGCACUUCUUUUACUGAAUCGAUUGUUAUCACAACCAUCAUU